UAGUGCGGUGUAGAACGUAUGCCACGGGUUAUGCACAGCCAAAGGUUUUCACUUCUAAGAAAGAGAGACGAAACAGAGAGAGAUUUUCCAUAAAGUUGAUAUGUCCAUGUAAAUGUAAUAAUAUAUAUGUUCGAUACUGAGUGUAAACUACACUUAUCAGUUUCAUACUUAUUCAAGUUUGAUUUAAUUUGGAGACCCAACAAGCAGCCAUCCACAUUCAUACUAAGAUUUCUUAUCAUGGCUACGGGAUCAUGUUCCUCUUCCUCUUCCUCCAAUUACGAUGUGUUCCUCAGCUUCAGAGGGGAAGACACACGUCAUGGUUUUACUGGCUAUCUCUACAAAGCUCUUCAUGACAAGGGAAUCCGCACUUUCAUUGAUGAGGAGCUUCAAAGAGGGAAGGAAAUAACACCAGAACUUAUGAAGGCAAUUGAAGAUUCCAGAGUUGCCAUCACUGUGCUCUCUGAAGACUAUGCUUCUUCCUCGUUUUGCUUAGAUGAACUUGCAACCAUCUUUGACCAGAGGAAACGGUUGUUGGUUAUACCGGUCUUUUAUAAGGUGGAUCCUUCUGAUGUGAGAAACCAGAGAGGCAGUUAUGGAGAAGCAUUGAAAAAGCUUGAGGGAAAGUUCCAGCAUGACCCGGAGAAGUUGCAAAAAUGGAAGAUGGCUCUGAAGCAAGUAGCUGACUUGUCUGGCUAUCAUUUCAAAGAGGGAGAUGGAUAUGAAUUCAAGUUUAUUGAGAAGAUUGUUGAGCAGGUCUCUCGGGUGAUUAGUCUUGGUCUUUUACAUGUUGCGGAUUACCCAGUUGGACUAGAGUCACGAGUGCUACAUGUAAGGAGCCUUUUGGAUGCUGGAUCUGAUGAUGGUGUCCACAUGAUAGGGAUUCAUGGAAUGGGCGGGAUAGGAAAAUCAACACUUGCUCGAGCUGUCUAUAAUGUAUUGAUAAUUGCUGAGAAGUUUGAUGGUUUGUGUUUUCUUGCAAAUGUGAGGGAAAACUCAAACAAACACGGGUUAGAACGCCUCCAAGAAAAGCUUCUUUUAGAAAUACUCGGAGAGAAGAACAUCAGCUUAACAAGUAAGGAACAAGGAAUUCCAAUCAUGGAGUCUAGGCUCACGGGAAAGAAGAUUCUCUUGAUUCUAGAUGAUGUUGACAAACGCGAGCAAUUACAAGCAAUUGCUGGAAGACCUGGUUGGUUUGGUCCCGGCAGCAAAAUCAUCAUCACAACUCGGGACAAACAAUUGCUAACAUCUCAUGAAGUUUAUAUAACAUAUGAGGUGAAGGAAUUGGAUGAGAAGGAUGCUCUACAGCUGCUUAAAUGGGAAGCUUUUAAAAAGGAAAAAGCUUCUCCAACUUACGUGGAGGUGGAGGUCUUGCAUCGUGUAGUAACUUAUGCUUCUGGUCUUCCAUUGGCGUUGGAAGUAAUAGGUUCCCACUUGGCUGGACAAAAUAUACAAGAAUGGGAAUCCACAAUCAAACUAUUUAAAAGAAGUCCCAAGAAGGAAAUUCUAGAUAUACUUCGAGUAAGCUUUGAUGCUUUGGAGGAAGAAGAGCAGAAACUUUUUCUUGACAUUGCUUGUUGCUUCAAAGGAUGGAGAUUGACAGAGGUCGAACAUAUACUUCGUGAUGAUUAUGAAGACCGCAUGAAACGUCAUAUUGGGGUGUUGGUUAAAAAAUCUCUAAUAAAGGUUAGUGGGUGGGAUGAUGUAGUUACCAUUCAUGACAUGAUUCAGGAGGACAUGGGCUGGGAUGGUGUAGUUACCAUGCAUGACUUGAUUCAGGACAUGGGCAGGCGAAUAGACCAACAAGAAUCCUCAAAAGAGCCAGGGAAGCGAAGGAGAUUGUGGUUAACAAAAGAUAUAAUUGAAGUUUUAGAAGACAACUCGGGAAGUAGAGAGAUUGAAAUCAUAUGUCAGGAUUUAUGCUUAUCCGAGAAAGAAGCAGCAAUAGAAUGGGAAGGAGAUGCCUUCAAAAAGAUGAAACACCUUAAAAUACUUAUUAUUAGAAAUUUACAAUUUUCCAAAGGUCCCAAUUGUUUUCCAGAAGGUUUAAGAUUACUGGAAUGGCACGGGUAUCCUUCUAAUUGUUUACCAUCUAAUUUUCCUCCGAAGGAACUUGUCAUAUGCAAGUUACCUCAAAGUUGCAUUACGUCAUUUGGGUUCCAUGGCUCAAUGAAGAAGUUCUCGAAUCUAAAGGUUUUGAAGUUUAAAAAGUGUGAAUUUUUAACAGAGAUACAUGACGUAUCUGAUCUCCCAAAUUUGGAAGAACUUUCAUUUCGUGUGUGUGGGAAUUUAAUUACAGUUCACCACUCAAUUGGUUUUCUAAAUAAACUUAAAAUAUUGAAUGCUACAGGUUGCAGGAAGCUUACCACAUUUCCACCUCUCAACUUGACCUCGCUUAAAAGACUUCACCUUUCAUCUUGUUCCAGUCUUGAGAAUUUUCCAGAAAUAUUAGGAGAGAUGAAAAACUUGACCUCGCUUAAAUUGUUUGACCUUGGCUUAAAAGAAUUGCCAGUUUCAUUUCAAAAUCUUGUUGGACUCAAAACUUUAUCCCUGGGUGAUUGUGGAAUUCUUUUGUUACCAAGUAACAUUGUCAUGAUGCCUAAACUGGAUAUUUUGAGGGCUAAAAGUUGCGAGGGGUUGCAAUGGGUAAAAUCAGAAGAGCGUGAAGAAAAAGUGGGCUCAAUAGUAUGUUCAAAUGUAUAUCACUUCAGUGUCAAUGGUUGCAACCUGUAUGAUGAUUUUUUUUCAACAGGUUUCGUGCAGCUUGAUCAUGUGAAAACUUUAAGCCUAAGGGACAAUAAUUUCACAUUCCUUCCUGAAUGCAUCAAAGAAUUUCAAUUUUUAAGAAGUCUUGAUGUGAGUGGUUGCUUGCAUCUUCAGGAAAUUAGGGGGCUUCCACCAAACUUAAAAGAAUUCAAGGCAAGAGAAUGUAUAUCCUUGUCUUCCUCGAGUUUAAGCAUGUUGUCAAAUCAGGAAUUGCAUGAGGCUGGACAAACUGAGUUUCUGUUUCCAGGAGCAACUAUUCCAGAGUGGUUCAAUCACCAUAGCAGGGGACCUUCAAGUUCUUUCUGGUUUCGUAAUGAAUUCCCUGACAAUGUUCUUUGUCUUCUUCUAGCACGUGUGGAAUACACAUAUCAAUGUAUUUCCAAGCUCACGGUGUUCAUCAAUGGCAAACGUCAUAAAAUUAUCCCUCGGGGGCCGGGCAGUCAAGGAACAAAGGAGAAAUUGAAUUAUACAUAUCUAUUUGACUUUAAAUCAUAUUUUGAGCUUGAUGAUCUAUCUGAAGUGGCUUUAGAAAAGGAAUGGAAUCAUGUGGAAAUUACAUACGCAGGUCUGAUAGAGAACUCACUGGUUAAAGCAACCGGAAUCCAUGUAUUCAGACAGGAUGAUAUUCGAUAUGAUGAUCCCUAUGGCAAGAGAAAAUUAGAGCAUGAUCUCAACAGUUUUGAAUCACAACCACUAAUUAAAAACCCUAGAAGGUUGUUUUGCAGGUUAUCGAGGUGGGUUGGCCCUGAAAGAAUUAUAAAUCUUCUGGGGAAUGCUGCAGAUGGAGCUUUAAUUACUAAUGCCCAGAGGAGAUACAGGCAUAUUUCUAUGGACUCCUUUUGUCCGCGAUGCCGCCUUGUGGAGGAGACAUGUCUGCAUGCUCUUCGUGAUUGUCGAAAGGUGGCUGCAUUUUGGAGAAGUGUGUUACCUAAGAAAUUAGCACCAAAGUUUUUUAAAGGUGAUGUGACAGUGUGGCUGGAAACAAAUUUAUCUUUUUCAGAGGCAGCUUUUUUUUGGCCAACUUUUUUUGGGAUUGCAGUGGAACUGUUGUGGGAAUACCGCAACGACCUUAAGUUCUUUCAACGUGCCUUUCGGCAUGGGGUUUAUUCAAUAGAUCCUAGUAAAAGCAUGGAUAUUGUCUUUAAGCGUUAUAAAGAUUAUAUGAGAGCCCAUGCUUCUCACAAUUUGAUGACGAGGAAUCUCUUGAAGUGGAAUCAGAGCCCAUGGUUGUUGAGGCUAAAUGUGAGUGGUGCCUAUGAUCCCUCUUCAGGUACUGCUGCAUGCGGAGGUAUAUUCAGAGACAAAGAUGAUGAUAGAUUCGUGCUUGGGUUUUCGGUUAAGCUUGAGGAAUGUUGGUCAAUUGAUGAGGCUGAAAUAUGGGGUAUUUAUCAUGGUAUGAAGAUUGCAAGGAAGUAUGAUAUUUGGGGUUUAUAUCGUGAUAUUCUAAGGCAGAAUAACAUUCGAAUAAGUCUUGGGAUUGCAAGGCAGCAUGAUUUUGGUAAAAUUAGAGUGGAAUCGGGCUCUAAGAAAGCUAUUGAGUUUGUGUUAGAUGGAUGCCCUACAGCUACAUCUACAAGGCAGCAUUGUUUCCCACUCUCUCAAGAGUUGAAAGCUCUAACCUCUGCUACAAAUCAUUCAUACUUCUUUUACACAGGGCACAAUGGUGCUGCUGAUUCCUUUGCCAAAUUCGGUUUAUCCAUGAGACAGCAGGCCGCGUCAAUUUUUUCUGCAUGUCCCUCCUUUUGCCAAAAUUUUAUUUUAAAAGAGAGAUACAUGUUACAUGUUACGUAAAGAGUGAAUAGGCAAUUUAGUCCCUGAGAUUGUAACCACUUUGCAUAUUAGUCCCUGACUUAAAUUUUAAUUCAUAAUAGUCCAUAACUUUACCUCCGUUAUGCAAA